AUGUUCCCCAAUCUCCUUUGCCAUGUCUACAUGCUCUGCACAACGCCAGCGCUAGCAUGCAAGAAUACGUUCAGGCACCAAGGAGAAGAAAAGGCCCGGGAAAUCAUAACCGACCAGGCAGGCAAUGUUUAUCACCCCAAUCUGUACUCUCCCGCUAUCAUAAGCCUCAACAAAAGAGACAGGGAGAGCAACCCCCUCAACCUCCUGAAUAGAGACAGCAGGAUCUCUACUCCAAGGUUCUUCAACGCGUCUAUCUAUCCCGUCUUCUGCUUACGGACCCUGCUUCAGAUGGCCAACGGUCUCUUCGACACAUACCAUCAAAGUUUUACAGUAACCUCCCAUUUACCUACAGCCGGAGAGCAUCCUCUCCAACCGCCUUGUUGGCCAAGCUUUGAAAACGUACCUCUCCACAAGGUUCAAGAGAUUACUCCAGUCGCCUGUCGGCUACAGUCGCGGAUUUUAUCUUGUGAAAGGGAUUGUUCAAUUUUCAAGUCCCCGGCAGCCGAUGGCCAAGAGCUAUCUAUACUCAGUCUCGCCGAAAGAGCCAGGCUCGACGGUCAGCAGACGGGGCUCUUGCCCUCUGUCGCGUCCCGUUCCAGGGAACUCGGGCGGCACCUCACCAAAAGCAUCCUCUACAAAUUACAUGGCCACCCCUACGACUAUCGUUAUAUUGGGGGUGGUCAUUAUCGCUAUAUUGUACAGCUCAAGAGACACGUCGCCAUAUUCCCACCUCUUACUAUAAAUCAGGAGCCGUUGAACGGACUCAAGAACGGCAUUGCGUCGUCGGUGGAUUGUUCUAUACAGAGCUCAAAGAAAACAAAGUCUGCUCAAAAGAGUCGAACCAGCCAUAUCGGAUCCAAUUUUUUCGGUAGUCCCGUGGCAAUCAAAACACUGUUUGACUACCCGUCAAGCGAACUGGAGGUGUCCCUGACCCUCUUAUGA